CACGUGCUUGUGCGCUCGAUCUGGGCGGGCUGGGCGAUCCACAUCCGCCACGCACACACACUGCACGCACAGGACAUCAUAUAGCUAGCAAUCCCGCCCUACCGUUGCACUGCCGACGACGAACGGCACCGACGCUGGUAGUUUCAGACACUUUCAGUGUGUCUGGGCGCCGGAGAGACGAUCGAAGACGACAUGGGGGCGGUGUUCGGAGGCAGCAGCAAGCAGGGCAGCCACGCGGUGUCGUUCCUCCUCGGCGCGGCGCUGCCCACUGCCCUCCUCUUCUUCCUCGCGUCCGACCGCCUCGGCGGGGGCUUCCCCACCAUCUCCAGCAGCUGGCGGGGCGACGGGUCAAUAUCGACCGCGCGGCAGGCUGCUGGCGCCGCUAAUAAGCCGGCCACCCAUGCUCUCGCCGCCGGCUCCGACGGCCGUGGCGCCGCGCCUACGCAAGAUCACGAGGUAGAGUUCGCGGGCCUCGCCGAGCUGCUGGCGCGAGUGGCGACGGAGGACAGGACGGUGAUCUUGACGUCGGUGAACGAGAUAUGGACGCGGCCCAACUCCCUCCUCGACUUCUUCCUCGGCGGCUUCAGGAACGGCGAGGACACGGCGCACCUCGUCGACCACGUCCUCAUCGUCACCGUCGACGCCGCCUCGUUCAGCGGCUGCAAGGCCGCGCACCCGCACUGCUACCUCCUCGAGGUCAAGUCCAUGGACAUGAACAGGGCCAAGUCGUUCGGGAGCCCGGAGUACGUGGAGCUCAACUGGCUCAAGCUCUCCGUCCAGCAGCGCGUUCUGGAGCUCGGCUACAACUUCCUCUUCACGGACGCCGACAUUCUGUGGCUUCGCAACCCGUUCCAGCGCAUCUCCGUCUACGCCGACAUGAGCUGCUCGCUGGACAACUCGAAGAUGGCGCCGACGCUCCUGGACUGCGAGAACAACAUCGGGUUCUACUACAUGAAGGCGACGAACCGGAGCGUCGAGUUGGUCAGGUACUGGCGGGCGGCGAGGGCGAGGUUCGACGGGAACCCGAACGAGCAGGUGGUAUUCAGCAACAUCAAGCGCGAGCUCAUCAGCAAGCUCGGGGUCAGGUUCCAGCCGCUGGAGACGGAGUACAUCAGCGGCUUCUGCGACUUCCAGGAUCACCUGGACAAGGUCUGCACCGUGCACGCCAACUGCUGCAUGGGGCUGGAGAACAAGGUGCAUGACCUCAACAACAUCGCCGCGGAUUGGAAGAACUACACCAGCAUGACGCCGGAGCAGAGGAAGGAAAGGAGCUUCAAGGUGACACCCCCGCGCAAGUGCCGGAAUUCCAUGGGAUGGGUGUGAAGCUAAAGUCUGUGGGAGACGACGCAUCAGAGGCGGGGAGUUGAGUUUCAAGGUUGGCAUGCAGUUAGAGUAUCCAUCGCGCUGCGCCAGCGCGCACUUGUAAUGUGAGCUCUCAGCUCUCUGAAUAUUGUAAUUGUUGACACCGUUUUUGGGCA